AUGUCGCAAGACCUUCAUGAAACGGCAUCUGAGCCAUCUAGCGCCUCUUCUUCACCGCUUACAUGCCCGCUGUGCGCCCACGUGGACCUCGCCGUCAUCUUCUGCAACGAGUCAUGCUUCCAUGCAGGCAUCAUGAUUCACCGCAAGCUGGGCUGUGCCGGUGAGCAGGGUCGCUCUCUCGUUGUGCAGGAGGGUCGCGAGACUGAGCUAUACCACCUGUGCACGCCUGGGUGCCAGAUCGCGAUCGAUUCGGCGCGUCUGCGGCUACGAGCUGUUCGCCUCUCGGACCACGACCGCAUCCGGGCCAUCAAGUGCGACCCGCUCGUCAACCGCUCCCAGCUCUACGGCAGCCCGCCGCCGCCGUUCAUCUUCCACAUGUUCACGCGCCGGUACAUCGAGAGUCUCGUGCCCGCGUGUAGGACCGGCGGUGGCACGGCGGGGAGGACGUCGUACGUGUUUGCGGUCGAGCCGAGGAGCGAGGAGGUGCGGCCGAGGCGGCAUGCUGAGGCGCGAGAGCAUCUUGACGCGUCGGGCUACAUCGGAAACCUCGGCAUCGACAUCGAGUGCGGGAGCGCUUCUCUAGCUCCACGAGUCGGCGAGCCGUUCUUCUACCCAUCAGCCGACGACCUGGACCAGGCCGGAGCGCACGCUUCCCUCUACUACGAGCUUCAUCCCAACUUCUGGGGCCAGGGUCUGAUGACCGAGCUCAUCCUCGCCGUCCUGGGCUUCAUCUUCGACACGCUCCUCAUCCCCUCGGUCAUCGUCGACCCGGUCUCGACCAACACGGCGUCGAUCCGGCUCGCCGAGCGCCUCGGGUUCGCGCUCGUCGGCGGGCUCUGA